AUGAGUCACAAAGAACAUAUCGGCACCUUGGACGAAAUUAAAUCUGCAACAACAACUAUCUCUGAGUUGGAUGUUCAUCCUAAUGCUGAGUCAUUAUUAAAAUACCUAGCCAGCAGAGAUGAAAUUCAAGACAAACGAUUAUAUGAUGAAAAGACGGAUGCUCAAUCCUUCUCGUCAGUUGAGGCUAUCUCCAAAGGACAUGCAUAUACUACCAUAGUAGAUGAUGAACGAGGUUCCGCUACUCUUUCAGUGAAGGAUCGCUUAAAUAAUUCUGUUGCAAUCCAAAAUCUUCACAAGUAUUCUAAAGCUUUACUUCGCUCACAAGCCAGCAUUCCAUUGAAUAUACCUUACACUCGUUGGGAUCCACCUCCUAGAGUUCGAUUAUCGGAAACCAGAAAACUUUCUUGGCUUCAAGACUUGGCUAAUGACACUGUUUCUUUAAGCGAACUUUCCAAAAAGAUUCCUCAUGGCGUUUGGGGAAAGGAAAUAAUCCAACUUGUUCAUGAUUUCCGCGUACCUUUACCUAGAGCCAUUUGGUUUAUACGAUGUACUGGGAUUAAUGAGAUUCGAUCUUUUUUCAAGAAAUAUCCAGAUAGCGUUCCCAAAGACUGGAUCCUUUUAUGGACCGACGUUGUUGGUGAUUCACUUUUGAAUUUUUUUACGAAUUAUAUAGGAGACAACCUUCAAUCAUUCUCCAGUAAUUUUAUCUACGUUAAUCGGCUUUUCGGAAGACUGUUGGUUGAAAAUCUAAUUAUUCCCUCGUUUUUUAUUUCAAAGGUGAUUUCCUUAAUUCCUAGUCUUCCAACACACGUCUAUCCACUAAUUAUAACUUUUCUGGAUUACUUUUCUGUUACUAUUUUACAAGACUCCUCUAGUAUAAAAACCUGCGUCACAGGAUUGUUGCCUUUUUUGUUAAAACUGUACCAGUCAUCUUCGGUUUAUACGGAUUUAAAAAAGGUAGUGUUAAACAAAGCUGCUGACUUCUUAUUUCGUCUGGCAUCUUUGAACCGUGCUGGAUUUAUUUUCUUUAAAGAAUGGGAAGUUAUGUACCCUAUUCUAUCUAUUAUUUGGAAGCCAAAUAAAACACAUGAUUCUUUGCUUUCAGUGUUGAAUGACUUAAACAUUCGAUAUAUUUGCUUACUGGACGCAUCAGCUUUACCAAUUCGGUUCUUGCAGACGCUAAGCAAUUUCAAGCCUUCCCUUUGUUCGCAUUCUUUUGCAAAAACACUGCUUUAUUAUUCAUUUACCGAAGUUAUAGCAUCCUGUUUUCGUUGGUGUAUAUACUCGGAAAAUCAAAAUCCGGAACAUCGACUUUGUAUUUUUCUAUCAGUUUUACAAUUUUACGAUGUCAGUCCUAAUAUAGCGACUAAUCUAGUUCUAAGUAAUAUGUUCCAAAUUACUUCAUUAGCUAGCGAGGAAAGUUUUAAGAUUGCCCAAAUGCUAAACUACUUAUAUCUGAAUGGGUAUUUUAUGUUUUCUGGGUAUGUUGCAAGGCUUGCUGCGAUGGGUUAUCUUCGAGAAUCAAUGCUAAUGGCGAGUUCCAUGGAUGUGCAACGCCAGAUUAUACUUCACCUUCCUUUGUUUCAAAUUUCUCAGCCAGUAAGAAGCAAGCUAAGUUAUAUAUUGGCUAGAGGUAGCUUUGUUAUUGACUAUGAUCAAUGUAAUUUCUAUAUUGAUCAAUUUAGAAAGAAUCCAGAAAAGUUCGCCUUUAAAAAAGGUGAGAGUUUUUCCAUAAUCAAUUAUACUUUAUUACGAACCUUUUCAGUGAGUGAAGAUUCUGUUUACAUAUACUACAUGGUAUUGUUUUAUAUGUAUCAUUACUGUAUGCUGAAAGAAUUCUUCGACUGUAUCAUUUACACACUGAACAAGCCUCGCAUGCGUUAUUCGGUACUCAUACUAUUAGCUAAACGUUUUCCAAACAUGGCGAUCGAUAAGCGUACUAUUGAUCGAAUUCUAUUGAUAAAACCAGAAAGCUUGGUGGAAGAUUACUUGCUUCAUGAGAUUAAACAUCUCUAUCAGUUGGACUUGGAUUAUUCCUUUGAAACUCCCGAGGAUGAAUCAUUGUGUAUAGAAAUGCAAGGCUUUGAGGGGAAUCAAUUCUUUUACAUAGAGGUUUUUGGUGAGAAUUCUAAGCCAUAUAAAGCUUUGGACAGCUUAUUUGAAGCUUUCUUCAAAACUGAUGAUGAUAGCUCAAAUUUUGCUUUAACAAAUUCCUUAUUCAUUAUGAAAAAGCACCUUAUUCUGACCGGAAACUACAACCGUUUCGCAAACCAUGUUGUAGACAGAUUAAUAGUUGAAGAAAUCAAUUAUUCUGUAUUUAUCAGAAAGAUACUAAAGCUUUAUGGUGACAACGUUUUUACGAUUGGGGAAUUGUUGACAAUCGUAAAUCGGUUACUAGAAACCGUUGAAAAAGACAUAAAAGGUUAUAUCAUGGAUACUUUUAUGUGCAUUAUCUUCGCCGAUGAACGGGAUCCGAUAGUAGAUCAUUGGUUUAAUUGUUUGUUAUUGGAUGCAAGGAAAGUAGAUGUUGGGUUUCAAUUCCUACUACUUUUGAUACAGCAUUGUAACAAAAAUGAUCCGAAUCUUAAGUAUAUUUGGAACAUUUUAAGAUGUCUGGAUUUCCAGGAAAUUAUUAGACUGAUUCCAGAAAAAAAGUUAUUGAGGAAGAUAUUGGAAAAAAAUUUGUCAAUUCCUUUUGGUACCAUAAUAAACGAAAAUUUCAUUAAAGAGAUCCUUGGAUUAGAUCAUUGGAUCGCUCAGGUGUAUGCAGUUUGGUUGACGACGCUUACAAAAGAAGAAUUGAGCAACAUUUCUGAAGACGUGAUGGAAAACAUAUUGAUAUUCGGAUCGUUUGAAAAGGGAUACCAUACGUGGUACGUAAUAUGUUUGGGUUUUCCUAAUACCUUACAAAUUUUUCAAAGGAUUUUGCUGUACUCGAUAAACAGGAAUCUGGAUUUACCAUCCCAUUUCAUCUUUUUUUUAUCUACAAUUGCUGAAUUUAUUGUACAUAAAGAACAGGACGAAUUUUUCAUGAAGCAAUUUAAAGAAAACUUGAAAAAUCUAUUUCAUACCUUAAUAGAGCAAGUAUUACAUGCUGAAGAUGAGAACGAUUCUCUUAUAGCGAGAAUCAAAUGCUUCUCCUGUCUAAUCUUUCAAUUUCAUAAUUAUUUGGAAAGAGACGAGUUCGUGGGAUUAUUACGCACGUUAUCAACGAAAAAGUUUGUAUAUAAAAACCAACCUCUUUUUGAACUAAUGACGUUCAUUAUUGACAAUGUCAAAUCCCGGCCAAUUCACGAAGAUGAAAUUUCUGCAAGCUUCAACUCUUGGACAAAUAUCGAAUGUGGAUCAUUUGUUUCAGACCUACCAGAGGCUCUAAAGGAAUUUAAUCCUCGAAAAGCUACUCUCGAAAAUUCAAUAUGGUGACACUGAAUGUAAGCGGUACCUUCUCAUAUUGAUUUUCUUGCAAUGUAAUUACGGAUUACUUUUGUGUUGCGAUGGGAUUUUCGGUAAAACAAUGUUCAUAUAUUUAUUUUGGUGGCCUUUUGGGUAUCCUUUUUAUUUAAUUUUUGCAUGAAUGAUAUAUUAGUUAAUUCAUUUGUUUUAAUACUGGCAGUCAACGCUUAUGUGUAAUUCAAAUGUGUCAUACGUUGAGCAAUAAAUAUAGGCUGAGAUAUCCCA